AUGAAAACACAGAUCCCAUUAGUUGUGUCUCCUUCAGAGCUAGGAAGACCCUCAACUCCCUCCUUCACACUCGCGCGACUUCCAGCCGAAUUGUCCAAAGAUCUUUUGGAAGAGUCAAUUGCUGAUGCAAAUGAUGCUUUACGGAUGUGUCGAAAACUUGCUGCGGACGUAGCGGGCAUUGAGGAACGAAAGGCGCCGUUUGAAGCCUGGAAGAAGCAGGCAAUCCGCAAGGUCGCCCCGGGAUAUCUUGAUAAUGGCCUUCACAUCAUGUCGCCAACAAGACGAGGGGAAUCAGAGGUGAAGGAGGAAGAAAAGGUAGAGGAAUUCGAGGAAAAGGAUCAGGCAUUGAACGGUCUAGAACAGCUGAUUGCGAACGCAAGGAUUAGCUAG